AUGAAAGUAAAAAAACGUCGACAUCUUUCAACAAAAUUUCAUAAUCAUAAAAUUUCAUCAUUAACAAAAAUAAAAUUAAAACAACGAUCUUCAUUAAAUAUUAAAACAAAAAAUACUAGUCAAAUAUCUCGUAAAUUUUCAUCUCGACAUCAUGUAUUUUCAAAUGAAUAUUUAUCUAAAAUUAAUUUACCUAAAUGGGAAUAUAUUUCACCAAAUAUUAAUCAUAUAUUAUCAGAUAAACAUACAAAAUCUGGUGUUUAUGCACAUGAAAUACAUCUUAUUCAACAAGAACUUGAAGCUCUUUUAUCUAUGUCAAUGAUACAAUAUUAUCAAGAUUUAUUAAAUAUAAUAAAAAUUAAACCUUUAAUUACACAUUAUACAAAUCAAACAAUAUUAGAACGUUUUCAAACAAAAUUAUAUCAAUAUUAUAGAAAAUCAUUUAAUUAUGAUUUAAAUAAUAAUUCAUCAUUACGUUGUUCAACACGUUUACAAAAAAAUUCUCAACUCAAAUCUGAUCAUGAUCAUCAACAAUCAUCAAUAUUCAAACAUAAUAGAAAAACAAAAUUUACAUCAUCUUUAUCAAUAAAAACUCAAGAACGUAUUCAAUUCGUUCAUGAUUAUUUAGCUGAUCAACAUCCAUUAACAAAUGAAUAUAUUCAACAACAAUUUAUUAAUAAUAUUAAAUUAACAAAUAAAAAACAAAAAAUUUCAAUAAAAAAUUCAUAUAAAAAUAUAUUUGAAAAAAAACUUUCAAUAUUAAUAUCAUUAUUAAAUGAAUGUUCAUCAUUAACAUUAUAUGCAUUAAAACGUGCAUAUUUACAAUUUAAUAAUGAACAAACAUGGCAAAAAUUAAAUACUAUUGAACAUGAUAUUAAUUUAUUAAUACAAAAUAUUGAUAUGACUAAUGAUUAUAAUAAUAGUAAAAAUAUAAAGAAUAUAUUUCAAAAUUUAGAUCAUUUAUUAAAUGAAUGGACAAUAUAUGAAGAAGAUUUUCAUCAUCAAUUUGAACAAUUAUUUAAUAUUAAUAUUUAA